CGAGUUAUGCUGCCUCUAAAGAUGGAGACAGAAGAGGAUGGUACCAUCUAUGUGAAUGCGAAGCAGUACCAUGGAAUUAUUAGGCGACGCCUGUCCAGAGCAAAGGCUGAGAAACUGAGUAGAUGCCGUAAGCCAUAUAUUCAUCACUCGCGCCAUCUCCAUGCUAUGCGCCGUCCUAGAGGAUCUGGUGGGCGUUUCUUGAACACCAAGAAAGUUGAUGCAACUAAGCCGAGCAAUUCUCAGAGUUCUGAAGUCUUUCAUCCGGAAAGCGGGACCAUGAAGUCAUCGAGGGAAGCAAACAUGCCAAAUCUCUCGGGAUCCGAAGUUACAAGUAUGGAUUACUUUCUAAGUUCGUCAGUCUAUACUCCUAGUGGCAUGGUCAUGCCUAUCAAGUGGAAUGCAGCAACAGUGGAUACUGGCUGCUACAAUCUUAAUACAUGAUCAGCAGAUAGGGACAAAACUUGGGGGUUUUGGUUCACAGGUCUUUAUCUUGUCCCUUAUCUUUCAGCCAAACGACGAGAGAACUUGUGUCCUGAAAAAAAGAAUAAUGAGUUUCCUUGGUUGGUCCUUGUACCAUCCGUUUGGCUGUAAACAGGCAAAUCAUCUUUGGCUCAUCCUUCAUCAAGGUGUUUUAUUCGUCUGUUUUCUUCAACGCAUCUUCAUAAGAUUUGAACUGGUGAAGAAAACUUGGGUUAUGUUUUCUAAGUAAAAAAAUAAAAUUAGUGAAUAACAAUGAUGGGUUUGCUAUACUACCCCUCUUGUUCCAACUAAUGUGUGUGUUUAUGAAACAUCUGUAAGAAUUCAAGUUUAUGUGGUUUAUGUAAAAGAGAAACUAUCUAACUGAUA